AUGCUGGCAGAUGUGUCCUACAGGAAGGACGUAGCACAGCAGUACGGGGUGCAACCCAUCUUGAGCCUGCUGCUGGACGUGUACAACCUGCGCAAGCAGCCAGGGGGCGCAAUGCAACUGAGCACAGCAGAGGUGGCCUUGGCCGAGAUGGUGUGGCUAUUCUUCAACGGCAUCCCUGAGUUCCCAAAGGACACCACAGAAGGCAGAAAGCAGAAGCUGGAGAACGACCGCUUUCUCGCUGAGGCUGCAGCUGGGAUCAACGAGAAGGAAACCUUAUACUGA